CGCCCUCCGUCAACGAAACCAGCGUGUUCUGAAAUUCAGGAUCUUUAAUCACUGACAACGAAGACAAACUACAAGCAACGAAGACAACCUACAGGCAACGAACGAUCAUGGCGGGCAAGAAGGAGCUUGAAGAACUCAUACCAUUUCUCACUUUGAAUGAGCGAAUCGAUGUGUUGUCCGUGGCCUUACACCACAUAGUAGGUCUCACUGGUACUGUGGAUGGUAUCCUGUUGAUGGCGUCUGAUAAACGAUACAUCGAGGCACUAUUUCCACUAACUCGCCAUCCACAGGAUGCGAUUGCAACGGACUCGUAUUUAACACUCGUAAAUCUUUCUUCGAAUAAAACAGUCGCGUCCAGCAUCGUGGCCGAUUACGACAUCGUCCCCCAUUUUUUGGAGUACGUCACGAAAAGCGACAGCCUUCACGCCGACUAUGUAUGUAUGAUACUGUCAAACCUCUCAAGAAAUAACGAAUGUUGCGUCAAAGUCACGCAGUAUCUGCAGAAAAUCGACGGCGGAUUCAAUCAAAUCGUGGAGGCGUUUUGUAAAGAAAAAUUCAACCCAAAAAACAAUCUUCAUUAUCUUGGACCAUUUCUAUCGAAUUUAACCCAAUUACACGAAGGAAGAAAAGCUGUGUUAGACAAAGAUAGAUGUAUUAUUCAAAGAUUGAUACCGUUCACUCAGUAUGAAGCAUCAGACAUAAGAAGAGGUGGAAUUGUGGCUACUCUAAAAAAUGCCUGUUUUGAGUCAGAUUAUCACUCAUGGUUGCUAAGCGACAGUGUUGAUAUUUUACCUCGUCUUCUUCUUCCACUGGCUGGACCAGAAGAGUUAACUGAGGACGAAAUGGAUGGGAUGCCGUUUGAUUUGCAGUAUCUAGAAGAAGACAAGAAAAGAGAACCAGAUCCUGAUAUCAGACAGAUGCUGAUAGAAGCAGUCUUUCAGCUAUGUACAACCAAAGAAGGGAGAGACAUCGUGAAGGCUAAGAAGACAUACAUUAUACUCAGAGAGUUAGAUAGAUGGGAAAAAGACCCCAAGGUGAAAUCUACAUGUCAGAAAUUGAUUUCACUUCUUAUAGGAGAUGAUCCGCCGGAUGAUUUGUCAGAUCUUAAAAAGGUUAAGAUUCCGGAAGAUGUUCAGAAACAACUUGACGAAGCAGACAAGCAGGAAGAAGAAGAGUUUGCAAAUGCAGAAAUUUAAAUAUGAAUAUUUUAAUCUAUGUCAAUGAGCCUAAAAUUACAUUUAUUGUAUACUGGUUUAUUAAAACAUGACUAAGUUUGACCA